AUGCGGCCGCAAGGCACGGCAGCCACCACGGAGCUGCCCAAGAGGAAGAAGAAGAACCGCCCCGACCCAGGACCUGACACCCUGGGAGGGCCUGAGCCAAUACUCGCGGUUCCCUCGCCACCUCACGAGGCUUCCCCGCAGCCUGCGCCUCCACCAUUGCGCAGGGAGCGCAAGCGGGACCGGGCCCAGCCGCCGCCCGCACCCCAGGAGCAGUCUCCUCCGCCGGUCACCGAUGCGGAGGCGCUGAACGAGCUCCGGGAGCGCAAGAAGGCGCACCGCCGCCAGCGCCUCACCACCGAGGACGCAGGGGGAUCCCUCCCCCUCAAGAAGCAGAAGGGCGGACAUUAUGUCCGCCAAGACAAGACCCGGCUGCGCAAGCACCCAGAGAAGGGCGGACAGGACGUCCGCCAGACCCUGAAGAAGCUGCGGCGACCUGGACCUGCGAAGACUACCGAGCUGGCCAACAUGAACCCUGAGGAAGGCCCUGUCGCCCGUCAACCGCCGGCGCCCGCGUCCCCGGAGAAGUCCUCCAGCGACGGCAACGGCAGCAACAGCAGCGAGCCUCAGGUUCUGGCCCACCGCAGCAAGCCCACCGACCCGUACGACCUGGACCUGUCCCGGCGCCGCAGGCGGCGCAUGACGAGCGAGCCGUCCGGCUUCAGUUAG